AAAAUGUCAUAACAGAAAUUGAUCAACCUAUUAAUAAUGAAAUUAUAACACAAUAUAAUAAUAUAUUAAAAAUUUAUGUGACGGAUAUUUUCAUGGCUCCAGAAGAACUAGAUCAAGCCUUUGAUCAUGACUUAGAUGGUCUUUUGCAAAUAGUUAUGAAUACACAUGGUACAAAUAGACAAAGAAUAAGUGCAUAUAAGAAGAUUGGUGAUUAUUUGCAAGAUGCUUUAUUAAGAAGAAUACCAUAUGCCAGAAGUUUUCAAAAUGUUAUGUCAGAUUGGAUCUAUAAACUACCUAAAUCGGAGUUUAAAAGGUUUCAACGACUAGGUAAAACAAUAGGUGCACAAUUAAUAAAAGAUCUUUUAGAAUGGAUGUUGGGUCGCAAGAGUUUCCUUUUGAAGGAGGAAAUAUUUGUG